GCCUUCCAGCGCCUCAGUGACACUGCGUGGUUGCACCGUGGAGCUCUUAGAAACAGUUAGAGGGCCUUAAGAGAGAAAAGCAACUGGAAUUUAUCACCUCUUGCAUAAUAAUACACACACAGUCAACACGUAAGGUCAGCAGCGCGCCCCGGUGAGGGGGGACAGGACCGUGGGGACCGAAACUGUCAGUAAUCCGCUGCUUGCAUCAAAUCUCUGGACUGACCACAACACCAGGGGACCAGACUCUCCUGUCCCUCCCAGCAGGAGCACUACCUGCAGCUCCGCACUAAACUCUGAUGCAUGUGAACUUUCAAAACUUCUGCACGUGCCAUUCCAUUUUGGAUUCCCGGGGACCUUUUUGGCACACUUUUACGCACGCCUGCGCGUCCGCCCUGUGACUGUCACACACCGUCCGAGCUGAUUGUGUGAGAAACUUUGUAUCCGGGCCAUGCUGCAGUGACUCCAGCCCGCUGCCUGGGACUUCAUGAUCAAGUUGUAAACAGCGGGAGGCGAAGAAGGAUGCUUGGAAAAUAUUUAUAACGCACCGAGAGGAGGAGACGAAACCUUUUCGUGUUACUUGAUCGAGCAGAACCGAGGGACACUAAAUCACAAGGAGGCAAGUAGGCUGCAGAGGUGAAGCGAGGACAAGACAGGUUGGUGUCUCCAAAUUCACCGGGCUCGAGUUUCAGCCGCCCCGGGGGCUCCUGGUAUUAAAGCGUGCAUUUGACCUGGGAUAAGUUGUCAACAAGAGCAGCGAGCGGAGGCGAACUGGCAGGUGUACAAGUUCAUUUACAUGCAUACGUAUAUUCACGCUACUAUAUAUAGAAGUUGUCUUAGGGACGCGCAGCCUUAAAAAGUUUCUCCACCCACCCGCCGGCCCUGCAGCAGCCCCACGCACCGGGCGUGUGCGUGUGUCUAUAUAUACACCAUACAGGCUUUUAUUCCUCUUCGCAAUCUGUAUCCGAGAGGGCUGCCCGCCGUCGGUUUGGCUGUGAGGGCAGGAGUCGUCGCAUGGACUGAAAUGGCCACCGACCUCGCCAUGAGCGCAGAGCUGCCCAACAGCCCUCUGGCCAUCGAGUACGUCAACGACUUUGACCUGAUGAAGUUUGAGGUGAAGAAGGAGCCGCCGGAGGCCGACCGCUACUGCCACCGCCUCCCGUCGGGCUCUCUGUCCUCCACCCCGAUCAGCACCCCCUGCUCCUCCGUGCCUUCCUCGCCGAGCUUCUGCGCCCCGAGCCCGGGCGCGCAGCCCAACCAGAGCCUCACCAGCGGGGUCAACAGCAGCGGCAGCAGCAACAACAGCAGCGGCAACAACAAUCACAGCAACGCGGGCAAGCCUCAGCUGGAGGACCUGUACUGGAUCCCCAGCUACCAGCACCACAUCAACCCCGAGGCGCUCAACCUGACCCCGGAGGACGCGGUGGAGGCCCUCAUCGGCAACGCGCACCACCAUCACCACCACCACCAGGCCUACGAGGGCUUCCGCGGGCAGCAGUACGUCGGGGAGGACCUGUCCACGGCCUCGGCGGGCCACCAUCACCAGGCCCAUCACCACCACCAUCACCACCACCGCGACCAGAGCCACCGAGGAACUCAUUCAGCCUCUACCUGCCACGACAUUGGAGGACCAGGGAGUGAAAUACGAAGAAACGUGCAGAUGUGUGACGAGGACACCUGCUUCUUUUUGGUCUCCGAACACAUUCUUUCAGCGCUCGAGUCGACGGCUGCCCUCCGGCUGUGUGAGCUGCACCUCGGCCUCUCAACACAAACCCUGCAGCUGCAGGAAGGUCUCGUUCCUCCUGUUUGCCUCGGAGGUGCGUUCACCUUCCGCGGCAGCAUGAUUGACAUGCCCUCGGUGAAGCAGGCACAGAACAUCAUAACGCUCUCCGUUGUGGUGCCAGAGAAAUAA